GCGCCGCUGCUUGCCCAGGGAGGCGCGCCAUGUCGCCGGUGACAAUUAUCGACUCAAACUAUGUCAGUGUGCCGGAGAGCGAAGCGCCACCGCCGGAGCCGAUCAAGCUCACAGCGUUGGAGGCGCGGUGGGUCGUCUUCCCGGUGCUGCAGCACGUGCUGCUCUACGUGGGCGCCGACAUGCCGCCCUUUGACGCCAUUCUCCAGUCCCUCCGGUCCUCCCUCUCCGCGACUCUAGGCAGCUUUGCGCCGCUCGCCGGCAAGCUCGUCCACCUCGAGGAAACGGGGGACGUCGCCAUCAGCUGCUCGGCCACCGACGGCGUCAGGUUCGUGGUCGCGGAGUCCGACGCCGACAUCCGCCGCCUCGCCGGCGACGAGGAGCACGACCUGCAUUUGCUUGAGCGGCUCGUGCCGGAGGUGGACAUGGGUGAGCUGCCGGCCCCCGUUUUGGCCGUGCAGGCCACACGCUUCGAGGGCGGCGUGGCGGUCGGGCUGACGGUGCACCACGGUGUCGCCGACGGCCGGUCGUUGUGGACGUUCGUCGAGGCGUGGGCGACGGCGUGUCGGGGCGAGACGCCGGCUGCCACACCGUGCUUCGACCGCUCGCUCGUCAAACUUCCCUGUGGCGAAGAUCUGGCCAGGAGCGUCUUGAGAAAGCACGCGCCGAAUCUACCAUUGACGGCGCCGCCGGCGUGGUUCGAAGAGGGGCGCACACGGUUCACCCGUCGUACGUUCACCUUGGAUGCGCAGGACAUCCAACGCCUCAAGCAGCACAUCGUCGGUCUUGGCGAAGCCAACGGCGCAUUGUCCAACUCGCCCCUGCCCCGUCCCCCGUCCGCCUUCGCCGCCGUCGCGGCGCUCGCAUGGACGUGCUUCAUCCCGUGUAGGCCGUUCGUCGCGGACGACGAGGAAGUGCUGCUCAUGUUCUUCGCCGAUAUCCGUGACCGCCUCGACCCUCCCGUCAAGGCGGGGUACAUCGGCGUGUGCCUCUGGUCAUGUCUCGUGAAGCUGCCCGCCGGGGAACUCCGCGGCGAGCGCGGCCUGGCGGCCGCAGCGUCGGCGAUCCGGGACGAGGUCCGCAAGAUGAGAGAGGUCCCAGUGGGCAUGUGGGAUUUUCAGACAUCGGUGCUGGCGGGUCGCCCUAUGGACCGUCUGAUGAACGUGUCGGGCUCGCCGCGCUUCAGGGCAUACGAGGACGCAGACUUCGGGUGGGGGAAUCCGAGGCGGACGGAGCCCAUCAGGAUGAACCACGACGGUCAGAUCGCGCUGAUGGGUGCCGGAGACGGCCACGGGGUGCAGGUGUCGGUGUCACUGCUGCAACCGGCGCAAAUGGACUUGUUCAAGUCUCACUUCCUCGACCUACUUGGUUUAACCAAAAAAGAUUGAUUAUUUUUCUAUGUGGAAUUUUUUAGAUGUUCCUAUGUGGAUUUGAUUGUCCUAAGUCGACCGAGAUUUAUCGUUAAUAUCAUUAGUAUCAGUGUAUGUUUUUCUUUGAGGUAAUAACACUAGUGGUGCCUAAAC